GAUCAUGACGACAUCGCUGCCGGAGAAGGAAACGGAGCAAGAGGUCCGGGAGCGGGAGGCCAAGGCUCUGGAGGAUCGGAAGGAGCGGAAGAUCUACGAGAACUUUGCCACGCCCCUGGCGGGCACUUUCCUCAACCUCCCACGCGAGCCUGUGGAGAUCAAGUGCCCCGCCUGCGGAAUCAAGGAUCUGAGUGUGGUGCAGAAUGAUCUCAAGUGGUGGGCCAGUGAACUUAACCGCAUUGUGGGCUGUCUUUUUGUGAGCUUUUGUUGUUGCUGCUGCUUCAAUUACUAUGUGCCCUGCAAGCAAACCGACCGAAGUCAUUACUGCGGCAACUGUGGUUGCUACUUUGGACGCUCUAUGAAGAGGAGGGAACCACUUAAAUUAAAGGCAACCACCGCCUAGUCAGC